AUGAGUUCUCCAAAUGACGAGGUCUCAGAUGAUUUUGUUGUAGAAGAUAAUAAAGAAAAUGAAAAGGAACCCGAGAAAAAGGAAGAUGUUCAACCUACUGAAGGAGGUCCUUUGAAAUUAAAUUUAUUAUCUCAUUUGGGAGCAGCCUUGGAAUCAAAUAAUCCACCGCCGCCUGAAAAUAACGAAAAGACAGAAGAAACAAAUCAAGAAAACGAAAAACAAGAAAAUCCUCCGGUUAAACUCGGAAUCGUCGAUGCCUUAAAAGAAAAAUUAGGGGACGAUAAAGAGACCGACAUUCUUUCAGAUAACGAAGAUCAACAAAACGAAACACCUGAAGAAAAACAGUCGAAAGAUAAUAUUACAAAUGAAAAUAAGGUCGAAUCUGAAGAGAAUAAGGAUUUGAGCUUGUCUAGCGUAAUUAAAAAUGAAUUAUCAAAUAUCUCUACAGAAUCUCAUAAUUCCGAAAAUAACGAACAAAAUAAUUCAGACGAAAAAGAGAAAGAACCAGAAAAACCAGUCGAGGAAGUACAUGAAGAACCAAAAGAAGUCGAAAAUGAACAACCACAAGAGUCAAAAGACGAUACUAAGGAAAAUGAACCAGAAAAUGAAAAGAAAUCAUCAUCAGACUCUGAUUUUGAAGAUUUUGAUGAUGGAAAGAAAGAAGAAAAUCAUACAAGUGAUGAAAGCAAAGAAGAGUCAGAAAAAGAGAAAUCGAAAUCUUCCUCUUCCUCUUCAUCAUCUAGUGAUGAGGAAGAAAAUCAUAAAGAACCAGAAAAAGAACAACCAGCUCAAGAAGAAAAUCCUGGCUCAGUUUUAAUCACUACACAAAUUAAAGACUCCGUUCAACGCGCAAGAGACUUCCAAGCAGAGGAAGAGCCAGAUGAUCCAGAAAUAAAUCAAUAUUCCAAGGAUUUGGCGCAAUCUAUUCUUAAAGAUACGAUGUUACCUCCAUUAGUCAAAGCAGAAGAGGUCAAAGACAAGGAUAUUGUUGUUAAAGACUCUUCCUCAUCAUCUGAUGAUGAAAAGAAGGAAGAAACUCCUAAAGCAGAAGAAAGAGAUUUUGAAAAUAAAAAACCAGAAGAAGAACAAGAAAAGAAAGAAGAAGAACCAAUUACACAUGCAAAGGACUUCAUUAUCGGAAAGCUUUCAGGCGGAAUGAACCAAGAACAACCAAAUGAAAAUGAGAAUGAGAAUAAAGAAGAAGAGAAACAAGAAGAAAAGAAAGAAGAUGAACAUAAGUCAUCAUCAUCUAGUUCAUCUGAUGAUGAAAAGGAAAAAGAAGACGAAGAAAAAGAGAAAUCAGAUAAAUCUGACCAUGAAGAGAAGCAAAAGUCAGAAAGUGAUAAGUCAAGUUCAGAUGAUGAGAAAGAGGACGAUCAAAAAGCUAAAGGAUUAUCAUUAUCUUCAACAAUUGAAUAUGGUAACGACGGAGACAACGGUAAUGAAGAUAAAGAGGACAACAAUGACGAUGAAGAUGAAGUUAUGGUAACAAGAGUCAAAUCCAAACAGAAAAUUCCUCGAAUCCAAGAGCCAGUUCAAUUAUAUUCUGAUCAAGAGCUUCAACAAGCAUUUGCAAAGCUGAAAGAGAAGAAAGUAUUACCACCUAUGGAGAUGCGACCAUCCUUAAUCGAUUAUGGCCGUAAAAUGUCCGUACAACAUACCAUGACAGAAGAAUACGACGCUGCAGCAUCAGAUGAUGAGGCAGUUAAUGUUUUACUCAACUCUCUGAAGGAUGAUAAGACGAACACUAACUCAGAGAUUGAAAAACAGAAUAUUAAAGAAAGAAUCGAAGAAGUUGAGAAACAAAAGAAGAUAGUUGAAGAAAAAUACAAAGAGUUAAUCACAAGGAUGAAGGAGCAAGAUAAACAGAACCUCGAGAAACUCAAACAACAGCAAGAUGACGAAAGAAAGAAAUUUGAAGAAAAGUGGUCGACCCCAGAAGCAGUUAUUCCUUACUCCAAACCAUCUUCAAAGCUUUUGCAAUUGAAGAGGAUGCAGAAAGCAAUGGCGUUGAACCACGAAUUCGCCAAAGCCAAAGCAUUCAAACAACAAGCAGAAGAAAUGCAGAAGGAAGAAGCUGCCGUUGGAUCUAAACAAGCCGCAGAAGUAAUGAAGACACAAUAUAAGACACUCCUUGAGCAACAGCAAAGACAACUUGAGUGUUUCAACGAAAAAUGCGAAAGAAAGAUAAGAGUUCAAGAAAGUUUGAGGGAUGCAGAGCUUGCUUCUCUUGAGAAUGCUAGAAAACAGCUCUCUCAGAGACCAACAAAUAGAAUGAAGAAGCCAAGAGUGACUAUUCCAGAUGUAACUUCAAGAGAUAUGAGAGCAACAACUCCUUCUGGAUUAGUUUCAACAAGAACAAGGAGCCAAUAUGCUACAUUUAAGAAGCAGCCAGAACUUAGCAAGCUGGAUGUAAAGCCUCUCGAUGUUCCUGCAAUAAUUAGACCAUUGACAGCGAAUUCUCCGAGAAAAUCUUCUAGAACAAUGAUUUGA